CUCUCCUGAACGGACAAAGGGGACUGAAGGGAGGUGUCUGACAAGUGGCGUUGGAUUUGUCCCCGAAACAGCACAGUUUUAAACACAAAAUGUCACUACCUACGAAGAAGAGAAAGUUUGAUCGUACCACACAGGACAAGCUUUACUUCGAAAGCUAUUCCGACGUCACGAUUCACGAGGAAAUGCUUGCAGAUAAAGUCCGGACCAAUUCCUACAGGUUGGGCAUUUUAAGGAACUAUAAAUCGAUUAGGGGUAAAGUUGUGCUCGACGUGGGAGCCGGCACGGGAGUGCUAAGUGUGUUUUGUGUGCAGGCAGGGGCUAAACGGGUCUACGCGGUGGAGGCGAGCUCGAUUGCCGAGCAAGCGAAAAAAAUCGUGAAGCUGAAUAAGAUGGAAGAUGCGAUCACAGUCGUGCAUGGCACGGUGGAGACCAUUGAGCUGCCCGAAAGCGUGGACGUAAUAGUUAGUGAGUGGAUGGGCUACGCGCUGAUGCACGAGUCUAUGCUGCAUUCCGUGCUGUUUGCGCGCGAUAAGUGGCUGAAGCCUGGCGGCCUCAUCUUACCCUCCCUGGCCGAGCUCUACAUCGCUCCCAUUAACGAAGCAGUAGCCGAGGACCGCCUGAAUUUCUGGUACACCGUGAAAGAGCAGUACGACGUGGAUAUGACGUGCAUGUUCGAUUUUGCGAGGAAGUGCAUCAUGAAUAACGAGAUCGUUGUUAACAGCGUCUCUGUGGAAGACGUGCUCUCCCACCCGGCGAAAUUCGCGGAGCUCGAUCUGUACAAGGCUACCACGGAGCAAGUAAAACGCGUCAGCGGCGCCUUCAGCUUCGAGUGCUUCGGCUCCUCCUCCGUGAACGCCUUCUGCCUCUGGUUCUCGGUUACGUUCCAGGGCGAAGACAAGCCUUUAGUGUUAAGCACAUCUCCAUUUAAACAGGAAACUCACUGGAAACAAUCCAUCCUGUAUCUGGACGAGCCCGUGGAUGUUGUUCAAGACACUAAAAUCAUGGGAGAAAUCACACUGUCUCCCUCAGAGAAAAGCCCGAGACACAUAUGCGCGCACUUGGACUGUACUAUAGGAGAGCAGAAAAUGAAAUCUAAGACUUUUAAGUUGGGUGAAAGUCACUGUGAUGAAUAAUGAAGAUUAGUGUGAGCUAGCUGUGGAACGCCCCCACCCCCAUACCAUCAACAAAUUCAUUUAUUUAAACGCUCAAAAGGACCUCAGUUCAUGAAAAUAAAAGGCUUGCAACUAAGAUCACCCUGAAUGAAAUGUGGUUUCCCAUUUCUCAGCCUAUUAAUGCAAAAUAUGGUGCCCUUGAGCAGGAGGGACUUGCAAGCUCCCUUCCAGCUGCAUUUGUGUGAGAUGUUGCAUUGUUUGCCGCACGUUUGGUCUGCCUGUAGGCAUUCAGCUUUACUCUCUUCCAUGUUAUGAGAAGUCAAAAUUGAGUUGUGCAACCUAUAUAUUCCAUUUUUUUUAAAGAAUAAUAAAGAUUGGCUUCACAGUGGUGGUCUCAGUGCACCUGUGAUAGAUAGAUAGAUAGAUUGAUUGUCUAGAAUUGGGCAUUAUGCUUAUUAAAAUCUGCACUGAGACAAAAUUUUAGUAUUAUCAUUCAGUAGGAAUAAAAAAAUUCAGAAGUGUUUAUGAUUGUUUCCCACAUUUAUGUCAUAUAGUUGAGCAAAAAUAGAGAAAGGCGUUCUCACUAAACAAUUUAUUUUUAGUAGUCUGUUACUUAAAAUGCAAUUGAAUUAAAAAAAAAAAAAAAAGAUGUGCAAGGCUAAAUUUUAAUUGCUUACAUUGUGGUGCUAAAUAGCAUCCAGGAGUGAGAAAGUGGCAUCUUCAGACACUCCUGGAGAUAAAAGCCGAAGCCUGUAGAGUAUCCUGAUUAUUAUUCUGCCUGGAGACUUGAAGAACUUUACCAGCUGUCUUAUUAUAUUUCUCGGAGAAAAAAAAUCUAAAAAUGUUUUGAACUCAUGUAUUUCUUCAUAUUUUUUUAAAAUCAUUUAUUCCAAAACAGCAGAAAAAGUGUUAAUUAUGUCUCACUUAACAAAUGUUUGAGUCAGUGAUUUUUCAGAAGCUCAUGUGAAUGAAAACUUGAAACUUCUCCCUCCAAGGUCAUGAGCUUGAUGCACUGUAAAUUGCCAUCAAAUACACCUGUUAUCUGUUACAGAUUCUCCCAAUGAACAAGUAAAUAUCAAAUAACUGCUGUCAUUUUUUAGAGUAAAGGUACUGUAUUUUGAUCUUGAUACGGCCUGCAUCUGUAACCUUUUUGAGAUUAAGGAGGCAGCCAAUAAACUAAUGCAAUUACUUUUUCAUAAGGAAAACCUGGGAAAUGAAAUUUAUUUCAAAUAGAAAACAGCUGCUACCUUUGGUAGAAAGGAAGAAGAAUAAUCCACAUUUUUAUUGUAGGACUUAGGUUUCCACUACCUUGUGACUCUGAAUUGAAUGUAACGGGUUCAAAAAUGAAUGGAUGGAAAUUUCAAUGUAAUGCCUAUUUUGUAUUCCUCUUACAUUUAAAGUGUAACUUUCUAACUACCAUGUGGAAAUAAUAGAGGCAGAUUUCUAUACCCAUAUUCACAGAUAUAAACACUUUGCUACGAUUAAAAAAUGUAUGUGUGCAUAUAUAACAUCCAUAAUAUUCAGGACAAACACACAUUUUUACCUUGAUUUACCCAUUUGCU